AUAAGUCCCUGGAAAUUUCUGUUACGUGCGACUCCAAUUCUGGGAGCUGAGAAAAUCCACUGCAAUGGCGGAUUAUCAUUUCGUUUACAAGGAUGUAGAAGGAGCUUCAACGCAGUGGGAUGACAUUCAAAGAAAACUUGGAAAUCUACCUGCUAAACAGCCACCGUUCAAGCCCCCUUCCUUCACGCCAGCUGAAGACAAGGAUUCGAAGUCUAAAGACAAGAGUUGGAUCGACGAGAAAACUGAGGAAGAGCUUGAAGAUCUUGAAGAUGAUCUCGACGACGAUCGAUUCCUCGAUGAGUACAGGAAAAAGAGGUUGGCUGAGAUGAGGGAAGCAGUCAAAGUUGCAAAGUUUGGUUCAGUGAUUCCAAUUUCAGGAUCUGAUUUUGUGCGAGAAGUUUCACAAGCUCCUCAAGAUGUUUGGGUUGUAGUGCUACUGUAUAAAGAUGGAUUCCCGGAGUGUAGAGUGCUUCUUCAAUGCCUUGAAGAACUGGCUAAAAAGUACCCUGCGACAAAGUUUGUCAAAAUUAUAUCAACAGAGUGUAUUCCCAACUAUCCUGACCUAAAUCUUCCGACGAUUCUGGUUUACAAUAAUAGCGCUGUUAAGGCAACUCAUGUGGGACUGCGUAGUUUUGGACGAAGGUGCACUCCUGAAAGUGUUGCGGUAGUUCUGUGCCAGUCAGACCCUGUGCUUGAUGACGGGCACAGUGGGGAGCAAUCCAGAGACGAUGUUCUUGAUGGAGUCAGGAAGAAGUUUUUGGAGAGGGUAGUGAGAGAACACGAAGACAAUGACGAUGGAUCUUCCAGCGAUUGAUCUCUCUCAACCUGUUCUCGAAACUCUACAGGCCAUCAGAAUUGGAUUAUUGAUUUGUGUCGACCAGGCAUAGCAGUAGCACUCACUGUUUCUGUUUUUAUUAACAGUUUGAUUAUUGUUAUUUUCUUCAAGGCCAAAAUUUUUAUGUAUUCAGACAUGUUGUAUAUUGAUUGCCCUCAAUCCUUAUAGUAGACUUUAUAUUCAUGAUC